UCUCGCUUCAGCAAACAAAAACCUCUCUUCUCUCUUUCUAUUUCUUCUUCUGAUUCCACUUCGAGAUUUUUGGAUUUUUUUUUUCUGGUCUGAAGUUAUUCGCCAUUGCCUGAAAAUGAAUCCUCAGGCGUAUGUCCGGUGAUGAUCGCUUUCGAUCUAGGAUGUUCUUCUUCGUUGCCAUGGCUUUGUUCUGAGGUGUUCGUUUUCCUUCGUUUUUAGCUUAUUAUUAUUAUUAUAAUAAUAAUUAUUAUUUUUAAUUUUUUCUGUUUGGUUUCCGAGAAAAUUCAACCACCGCGAAACUGCGAACCGAUUUACUUCCUCUCUCUCGAUUUGGAUGUAGCAGGUGCUCUCACUACUCCCAGCGCGACUCUGUUGAGUUGAGUUUCGGUGAUUUUGAGUUGCUUUGUGAUUAUUUUUUCUCGGCAACCAAACAAGAGGAUUGAAAAUUUGCAGUGAUAUUAAAGUAUUUGUUAAAGUGAAGAUAGAAACGGUUGUUGUUGUUGUGAUGUGAUUUUUUAGUUUGUGUACUGAUUAUAAUUUUUCCCUCUCUUUUUGCUUUCCGCGUUUUAAAGGUUUUGGCGCUGUCGAGUGCGUCUAGGUGAGGAUUCUGAUUAAGGAAAUUUUCUUUUACUCAUUCGGAGAAGCGUCUAUAUCUGUUGCGGUUGAUUCUUGAAAUUUUUUGAUUUGUUUUUUCUUUUCCUCUUCAUCUUCUAUGUAUUAUUUUACAUGUUGCAUGUGAAUUGGAAUGCUUAGUAGAGGGAUCUCUUCCUAUUGUUCUUGCUUUGUUUCUUUUGCAGUAGCAUCAUUUUUCCUUCAGCUUCAGCUCACUUCCAUCACGACGGCUUUAUUAUAUACUGUGUUUCGUGUCAUAAAAAAUGAAAGGAGGUAUUCCUUGUAUCCACUCCUAGUCAGGGAAGAUCUGAAGCAGCGCUAGCUGCUUACGCCCUCUAAUGGACGCAUAUUCUUGUGGGGAAGAAGUGGUUAUUAAGACAAGAAAACCGUAUACAAUCUCAAAGCAAAGAGAACGAUGGACAGAGGAGGAGCAUAAUAGGUUUCUAGAAGCUUUGAAGCUACAUGGGCGAGCAUGGCAACGCAUAGAAGAGCAUAUAGGAACAAAGACCGCUGUUCAAAUCAGGAGCCAUGCACAGAAGUUCUUUACAAAGUUGGAGAAAGAGGCCCUUGUAAAGGGUGUUCCGAUCAGACAAGCUGUUGACAUAGACAUUCCCCCUCCACGGCCCAAAAGAAAACCAAGCAAUCCUUACCCUCGGAAGACCAGUGUUGGUAGCGCAACAUUACAUAGUGGAGCAAAGGAUGGAAAACUCAAUUCAUUUGAAUAUUCACAUGAUAAGCAAGCACUGGACUUGGAAAAAGAACCACUUCCAGAGAAAAAUGAUUUAGACGAAGGGCCAACAACUUUAAAAGAAAAUAAGGAUGAGAACCGCUCAAAAGUAUUUACUGUUCUCCAGGAGGUACCCUGUUCCUCUGUAUCUUCAGCAAACAAGAGUUCAAUAUCAAUGUCAGUGCCACUGGGAAAUUCAUGCGCCUUAAAGGAGAUUACACCUUCAGUGAAUGAGGUAAUAGCAGAUGAAAUAAAUGAAUCUUUUGUCACUAUUGAACUUGAAAAUCGGAAGUUGGAGAUCAAUAUUGGAAAACAGACUAAUAGCACUAGUAAAGACUCCAAUUUGGAGAAUUCUGAUGCCUCACAAGUGACAUUGGUUCAAAAUGAGAAAACAGGUGGUCUUAAUUGCGCAUCAACAAUAGAUAGGACGCAAGGCAAUCAGAAUUACCCUAGACAUGUUACUGUGCACGUUGUUGAUGGGAACGGAACAAGUACUCAAAAUCCAUUCCAAGAUAUGUUGUUUGGAGACUCCACAUUUCAGCCAAUAGGAGGGGUUAACGGGCUACCUAAUCUUCUCACCAAUUCGGAUGCAUCAAACGCAAGUGAAAGCCAAGGCAACACAUCACGAUCUUCUAUUCAUCAAUCAUUUCUUCCUUAUCCUCCCUUAACACAACACAACCAAGAUGAUUGUCAAUCAUUUCUUCACAUGUCCUCCACAUUUUCAAGUCUUGUUGUCUCAACCUUGCUGCAAAAUCCAGCAGCCCAUGCUGCAGCAAGUUUUGCUGCUUCAUUUUGGCCCUAUGGAAACCCAGAUACUUCAGCAGAUUCUCCUAGGUGUUCUCAAGGAGGUUUUCCAUCUAGACAAAUUGGCUCCCCUCCAAGUCUGGCAGCUAUUGCAGCUGCUACUGUAGCUGCUGCAACUGCUUGGUGGGCAGCUCAUGGGUUGCUUCCUUUGUGUGCUCCUCUCCAUACUGCUUUUGCCUGUCCUCCAGCAUCAAUGACUGCAUUUCCAUCAAUGAAUGCUGGUGAAACACCGGCACUGAAUACACACCAAGAAAAUAUUACACUACAAAAUCCUCAUAUGCAAGAUCAGGUACUGGAUGCAGAAUACUCGGAAGCUCAACAAGCUCAACAUCCAGCUUCUAAGUCACCAGCUGUUACUUCAUCAGAUUCUGAGAAUGGAGAUGCCAAGUUAAAUACUUCAUCAAAGGCUACCACUGAUCACGAGAUGAACAAAGCAAUUUCCGAGCACCCUGAUUCCAACCAAACGAAGGGCAGGAAACAGGUUGACCGUUCCUCAUGUGGUUCCAACACAACCUCUAGCAGCGAAGUGGAGACUGAUGCAUUAGAGAAGAAUGAGAAAGGGAAUGAAGAGCUUGAAACACCUGAUGCUAGCCAUUUAGCUAUUGAGUCUAGUAAUCGCCGAACUAGAAGUAUUAGCAACCUUACCGAUUCUUGGAAGGAGGUUUCUGAAGAGGGGAGACUGGCCUUUCAGGCUCUAUUCUCCAGAGAGGUGUUGCCUCAAAGCUUUUCACCUCCUAAUGAUUUGGAAAAUAAGGAUCAUCAAAUGGAAGACAUCAAAGAUAACAAGCAAAACACAGAUGACAAAGAUGAAGACCUUGACAGCAAGAGAAGCAGUUCUAAUUGUGAAGGAAUGCAUAAAAACAUACCAUUUGUAGAAAAUAACGGGGGACUGCUAACCAUAGGGCUUGGACAAGGAAAGCUUAUGACUCGUCGAACAGGCUUUAAACCUUACAAAAGAUGUUCCGUGGAGGCCAAGGAAAACAGGCUUGGAACGACCAGUAACCAAGGUGAAGAGAAAGGUUCUAAGAGAAUACGCUUGGACGGGGAAGCUUCGACUUGAGGUUUCAUAUAUGCAUGCAAUCGCACAGAGGAAACCUUUGGAUUUUGCGUGUCAUUUCUUAAUCCCUAUAUUGUUUAUUUCUAAUACUGCAGCUCACGAAACUUGUGCAGAUGUGUGUACUAUAUUAAAUUAUUAUAUAUGCUCUUUUGCCAUC